GGUCAUAACAAUAUUGUGUUAUUUCUCCCAAAAUUGAUUUUAGUACAUUAUUAUACAAAAUGGAAAACCAUGAACAAACCACAACUUCCACUACCCACACCACCACCACACAUGUAACGGCUAAGGCUAGACCGCCAACCAAAAUAACUCUUUUAAUACUUAGUUUUAUCUUAUUAUCAAUCGGAAACUGCGGUGGCCCGUUGAUCACACGCCUCUACUUCAUCCAUGGCGGCAACCGUGUAUGGUUAUCGUCGUCCCUAGAAACCGCAGGAUGGCCUGUCAUCAUUGUAGUUCUCAUAGUUCUCUACUUACACCGUCACAGAACAACAGAAAACAAACCUACAACCCUCAUCUACAUGCGUCCGCGGUUAUUCUUCGCAGUAGCAUUUAUCGGCCUCCUCACUGGCCUCGAUGACUACCUUUACGCCUACGGCGUGGCCCGCCUCCCAAUAUCCACGUCAGCCCUAAUCCUAGCUCCCCAUCUCGCUUUUGUUGCGUUUUUUGCUUACGUUCUUGUGAAACAAAAGUUUACACCGUAUUCGGUCAACGCGGUGGUGCUAUUGACGGUCGGGGCAGCGGUGUUGGCAUUGCAUACGAGCGGUGACCGGCCGGCGGGAGAGAGUAAGAAGGAGUAUUGGAUGGGGUUUGUUAUGACGGUAGCGGCAGCGUUGUUGUAUGGGUUUGUGUUGCCGUUUAUAGAACUAACGUACAAGCAUGCAAAGCAAGAGAUUACGUAUACACUUGUGGUGGAGAUUCAGAUUGUCAUGUGCUUUUUUGCAACCCUAUUUUGUAUGGUCGGAAUGAUUGCAAACAAUGACUUUAAGGUGAUUCAAAGUGAGGCAAAAGAUUUUGAACUUGGGCAAACAAAAUAUUAUGCAAUACUGUGUGCUAGUGCUUUGAUAUGGCAAUGUUUCUUCUUAGGAGCUAUUGGAGUUAUCUUUUGUGCAUCUUCGUUAUUAUCAGGGAUUAUAAUUGCCGUUCUUCUUCCGGUAACAGAAGUAUUAGCAGUAAUUUUCUACAAAGAAAAGUUUCAAGCUGAGAAAGGAGUCGCACUUGUUUUGUCUCUAUGGGGAUUUGCUUCUUACUUCUAUGGGGAUUAUAAGUUGACGAAGAGGUUGAAGGAAGAAAUGCAGUAUUCUCAACAAUCAAUGGAGAUGGAUCAAGCUAAUUCAUUUGUAUAGUAGUUGAGUUUAGUUAUACGUUUUUACUUUUUUUCUUCUUCUUAUUAUGUUUUCAAUUUAUACUCUUAAACCAAGGUUAAAGUUCUAUCGAAGGAGAUUUGAUGUAAGCUCAUAAAUAUGAAAAUUAUAAAUUUUUCUUAGUUUCUAAAAUUUUAUUGAGUA